GUCAGAUACGAAGCGACAGCGACCAGUCAGACUUUGAACGACGCUCUGAGUGGCACUCCUCAACUGCUUCAGAACAGUAGGACGCUACUCGGCACUCGUGAUUGGACACAGUAAAUUCUGCAGAUGCGAAGAUGACUGCGACGAAAACAGCUGAAUAUGAAAUCAUUCCACCUGAUGGAGGCUGGGGCUGGAUGGUGGUCCUGGGGGUCGCCCUAAAUUACAUGACCAGCCAAGCCCUCAUCUCCGUGUUCAGCGUAUUGUUUGGACAAAAGCUGAUCUCGAUGGGACAUGAGACAACAAGUGCAGCCGUCAUAAUGAACGUUAUGACGGCAGUCAUGAACUUCUCUGGUCUACUUACCGGACCGCUGCUGAAGAAGUUCUCGAUGCGACAGGUGGGUGUCACGGGAGGGUGCUUCGUGGUGACCGGCCUGGUGCUCACCAGCUUCGCCAAUUCCAUCAUUCACAUCAUCAUCACCUACAGCAUCUUCGUAGGUCUGGGGAUGGGCUUGUUCACGCCGUCGGGCUUCCUGGCCGUCAAGACGUACUUCGUGGAGUCUCGCGGCCGCGCCGUGGGGCUGUCGAUGGCGGGCGCCAACUGCGGCCAGAUGGCGAUGCCUCACGUGGUGCGGCUGUUGCUCGAGACGUACGGCUUCAGCGGCGCGCUGCUGGUGCUGGGCGGGGUGGCCAUGCACGGUCCGCUCGGCUCGCUCUUCUUCCACCCCGUGGAGUGGCACGCCGAGCGCCGCCCUGUGGCCAACGAGCUGACGCUGCUCAAGGGCGAGUCGGAGCCCGGCGAGGAGGUGCGGCCGCGCCGGCCCAGGAGGAACGCCUCCAUGGCGUCGCUGGCCAGCUCCGAGGUGGGCGACAUGGCCGACGUCGUGCCCGAGGACCGCCGCAUGCGCCUGGGGCCCACCUGGGAGGAGGACGAGGAAGAGGGCGCGCGAACGGCAGCGGGCACCUUCCAGAAGAAGCCGCAGCCGAUCUGGCGGCGUGUGGUCGCCUUCAUGGACCUGGACCUGCUGCGGAACCGGGUGUACCUGAACGUGCUGCUGGGUACGGCGUGCAUGAUGACGUCGACGGUGAACUACUCGCUGCUGCUGCCGUUCUACCUGCAGCGCCACGUGGGUCUGUCGAUGACCGACACGGCGCUCUGCCUCACCAUGAUGGCCGCCGGCGACUUCGUGUCGCGUCUCACCGUGCCUCCCAUCACGGACCGCAUCAAGGCCAGAGCGCGGUACACCUUCUUCCUCGGAGCCUGCUUCAUGGCCCUCACGCGAUCAGCAAUCGCGAUGAGCACCGGGAUGGUGCCACUGUGUGUGUGGAACGCGCUGUGCGGCUUCUCUCGCGGCGCCGCCGUCGUCAACAACAACCUGUGCGUCGCCGACGUGUGUCCCGAGGAGAAGCUGCCAGGCGCCGUGGGGCUCAACAUGGUCUGCACCGGCUUCAUGCUGCUCGCCGUGGGGCCCAUCAUAGGAUACGUCCGUGAUGAGACGGAGAACUAUCCACUGUGUAUGCACCUGCUGUCAGUCCUGGUGGCAAUAGCAAUGUUCUCCUGGCUCGUCGAAGGCGUACUGCACUGGUGUCGCCGCAAGAGAUGAAUGUGGGCCAUCUUAUGAUUGGUGUCAUCCCAAAGUUUAACUAACAAAACUGCCAGGACUUUUAUACCAGGGAAAAUACACUUUUGUUUGUGUCAACACUGGAAUGAGGAGAUGAUGUAACAAAAUAAUUUUUCACUUAGUACUAUGAACGUUGUAGCACAUAAAGACUGAGGUUAGAUCCGUCAUAUAGCGUAGUUACAGCCAUAGUACGUGAAAAACUCGUGCUCCGAAACGACACUUGGUAAUGAUUCUCAAUAAUUUCUCUACGUGCUUUGUAUGAUAUAGCUUGAUAACUGUGUUGUGCAAACCACGAGUUAAAAAGACCUGUCUUCUGUUUUGCCAAUAUCUCACAAUUUAUUUAGUUUCCUUAUGUAUUAGGCUUUCCUUGUGUAGAGAAUGUCAAAGUACCGAUUUCCGUUCUUCCGACACAAAGAGACUGGACAACAGAAAGUCAGCUAAUAGAAGGUGUCCAGAGACUAGCUGCAGAGUUGAGGCUGGGCACUCAGUUCAAAGAUGAGAAACCUCGCAAGCUGCACAGACACCCAGACAAGCAUUCCAGGGGCACUGACUCCACCAAGAUGCAGUAUUACUAAUAAGAAGCCAAAGAAAGAGUAAGAACCAUAUCUCGUAUGUUGUGAUGGAGAAGAAGAGCAUGAUAAAGAAGCAUGAUGAAGAAGAAGAUGUUAAUUACAAAGAGAACAAAAUCUAUGUGAAAAGGGAGGCUGUAUGUAUUGGUGGAGAUCAUGAAGAUGAAGGUUACAGUGAGGAAAAUGACGACGAGAAAAAAGUAGAAGAGGGUGGUCAUGAUGAGGAAGACGGGGUUUAUAAUAAAUUGGAAGUUAAUCUCCAACGAGUCUCCGGUAGAUAUCGUCUCUAUCUACUGGAAUAAACUGAAUGCAUUGGUAGAAAAAUUUUUUCCUUGCUAGUUUCAAAAGCAGUAGGCAAUAAUUCAAAUGACAAUGAAAUUAGUAACUGUUGAAGAAGAACUUCGAAAAGCAGCGAUUACUACAUAUAAUUUACAACAUCUGCAGAAAAUACAAUGAAAGAGUCAACUAUAGGAUGACUAAUUGCAUAUGGGAAUAUUCAGUAAGUUGAAAGACAACAACGCAACCAAAAAAUAUACAAUUCGCAUUUGCUUACUUAACCGCACACUUUGAAAAUGGUUAGAGCUUGUACGUGAUUUCAAAGUAAAAUAGAUCAUAUGGACAGACUUAUAGUGCUAACAUUACGAGCUGACAUACUGUCAGCUAUUGGUACUACCAUACAGUCUUAAGAUUCAGUGCCUGGCACCUGCUUUCAAGUUACAGCACACACAUUGUCAAGUCAUGUCACACACACUGCCAGCUUCUGGUUUUAGAAUACUAGUUCAGUUCUGAAUGCUUGUUUCUUUAUGUCAGCUAUUACUGCCUCUCCACUUAGCAUUACUAGCAGAAGAUGACAAAAUUUUGUAGUGCAAGAUAAAAUUAAUAUCCUAAUGUUGGGUCACUAUGGUGUCUGAAUGACUACGAGAUUGGUUAGAUGAAUGCAUGCGACUCUGUUUCUCACCUAUACGAAUGUUUAUCAACGCAACUCAGUUUGCUAUUUUUCUGAAGACUUACUUCAAGGAAUGACGAACUUACUCCAUUGAGCCAGAUCUUUGAUGUUGUUGACUGAAUAAAAUUUGUUUAAGAUGAUGGUACUUGGAAAAUAGUUUCAACAACUUCACCUUCCCAGAUGUUUUAGCUACUAGUUAAUGUAUUAACAAAAAGCACUGGCUGGUGGUAGGCAUUCUGAUCAUAUUUCUUUGAUAAAUGCAUUCUGACCAUGUGAAAAUGUAUGGAUGAAUGAUGAACUACCUCAAACUGCUUUUUGGAAGUAUGAGAUGUUGUGAAUGCCAAUGCUGUUGGAAUAACAUGGGUACUUUGGUAACUGUCAUUGAAAAGUGCAUUUUAAGCUGUAAAUUAGAUGAGUGAUAGUGACCUUGUGUGUUUUUCAGCACUAUAUAGAACCAGUUUUGUGUAUUUUCAUUAAUUUAAUGCAUGGUACAAAUAAUAGACUAUAGUCGUCGACCAACCAAUAAUGUAUUUCAGUAGUGUAAGCAAGUGAACCUAUGAAUAUUUGUAAUUAAUGCACACAAUUUCUAUGUAGAAAUAUUUAAUUUGUAUGUCCAUUGUGCUUGUAAAGCGUAGUACAAACAUCAAACUUUGGUUGCGAACAAAAAAUCUUAUAGAAGAAUUAAGUUAAGAUA